AUGAACAAUCCGCAUCCGCUGUACGUGGUUUGGGAGAUCACGCUGAAGUGCGAUCUCGGUUGCAAACACUGCGGCUCCCGCGCGGGUAAAGAACGCUCCGACGAACUCACGACGGCGGAGUGCCUCGACGUCGUCCGGCAACUCGACGAACUCGGCGUGCGGGAAGUGACGCUGAUCGGUGGCGAAGCGUAUCUGCGCGAGGACUGGGAUCAAAUUGCGGCCGAGAUCAGCAAGUGUGGGAUGGCGUGCGGUAUCACGACCGGUGCGCGCAAUCUGACGCCGGAGCGCGUCGCAAGAGCCGAGGCGGCGGGCGUUCGUUCCAUGUCGGUCUCGAUCGACGGGCUUGAAGAAACGCACGACGCGCAACGUGGUGCACGAGGGUCCUGGCGCUCUGCGUUCGAUGCGAGCGAGCGAAUUGCGGCGACGUCGAUGCGCCUCGCGACCAAUACGCAGAUCAAUCGACUCUCACUGCCUGAGAUUCCCGCGCUCGGUUCGAUGCUCGCGGACGUCGGUUCGAAGGCCUGGCAGAUCCAACUCACGCCCUACGAACUUGCGAUCGUGUACCCGCUUUUGGUCAGCGUGAAACAGACGCGCUUGGAUCCCGGCGGCGUUCGUCUCUACCCUGGAAACAACAUCGGCUACUUCGGACCGUACGAGUCUGCACUCCGGUUCGGGGGAGAAAAGGGCGCGCACUGGAGCGGUUGCCCGGCCGGUAAGUGGAGCAUCGGCCUCGAGGCGGACGGUAAGAUCAAAGCCUGCCCGUCGUUGCCGUCCGCGAGCUACACCGGUGGCCUGACGCGCGAGAUGACGGUGGCCGAGGCCGUCGAGAACACCAAACAGAUCAAUUUUAUCAAGGACCGUGGACGCCAAGAUUUGUGGGGCUUCUGUCGGACUUGUUACUACGGCGACGUUUGCAAGGCAGGUUGCACGUGGACGUCGCAGGUUUUCAUGGGCCGACCCGGCAACAAUCCGUACUGCAUUUACCGCUCGAUGGAGCAGUCGCGACACGGACGGCAGGAACGUUUCGUUCGCGUCGCUGCGGCCCCGGGCGUUCCAUUCGAUCAGGGGCGUUUUGAAUUGAUCGAGGAGCCGCUCGUCGAGGUCGCGGACAUCUGCGGCCAUUCGAUGGAGACCGUUCUCCAACACGAUUGGCAGAGCGGUUCGAUCUGGACCAAGGAGGAACGCCGUAAGCGCCUCGAGGUCGCACCCGCAAGAUCCGCCCUUCGUGUUCUGUCGGUGUGA